AUGCCGCAAGAAGCAGAUCCCUUACCAAUUGGAAAAGGCCGCAUUAUCCUCCACGCGAACCCCAAGGCAAAGUUCAAGGUGGCCUUUGUGUCUCUCGGGGCCCUUUUGCUCGACGCAGUGAAGGCAGCAGAAAUGCUGCAGCAAAUAACCACCAUACCCGAGCCAGGAGAAGCAGCAGCAGCAGCAGCAGCAGCAGCAGCAGCACAAGCAGCAGCAGCAGCAGCAGCAGCAGCACGGGCUUCCGUCCCUCCCCUCCCCCCAUUCCCAGCAGCCGCAGCAGCAGCAGCCCCUGCCCCACUGCCCCCACCAGCAGCACCUGCAGCAGCAGCAGCAGCACCUGCAGCAGCAGCAGCAGCAGCAGCAGCAGCAGCAGCAGCAGCAGAGAGGCCGCUGAUAGGGGUUACUGUGGCGGACGCGCGUUUUCUGCGGCCGCUGGACCUGCAGCUGCUGCUGCUUGUUGCUGCUGCUCAUGAGGGUUUAAUCUUUAUAGAAGAAGGGGCCCAAGGAGGGUUUGGCAGCAAAGCAAUUGCUGCGCUGCUGCAGGCAGGGGCCCUCGACGGCCGCAAACCCUUGGUGCGGUCGCUGACGCUGCCGGACGCCUUCAUCGAAGCAGCAACAAGAGAGCAGCAACUCGAAGCAGCAAAACUAACCCCGAAGCAUUUUGCUGCUGAGGCUCUGCGUCUGCUGCACUCCGCAAAACAGGAGAUGGGACUGCGCUCCUUUCGCGCUCUGCUGCUGCAGCAGCAGACAGUUGGGGCCCCCCGGGGGCCCCAGCAGUGGCGAUCUGUUGCUGCAGUCGCUUUGCUGCAGCAGCAGCAACGGCUGCAGCAGCAGCAGCAGCGGCAGCAGCAGCAGCAGCAGCAGCAGCACCAGCUGCAACAGCUGCAGCAGCAGAAGCAGUUCAGCGCUGCCGUCGCGGCCCACAGCGCAUCUGCUGCGGGGGUUACUGCAGCACCAGCAGCAGCAGCAGCAGCAGCAGCAGCAGCAGCAGCAGCAACAGCAGCAGCAGCAGCAACAGCAGCAGCAAGGGGGGACCCCCGGGCUUCUCUGUGGGGUUUUGUGCGGCGGGAAGAACCCUCAAGAAUCCUGGAGUUAUUUUUAAGUGGCCAAAGAGGCGACUCCCGGCUGCUGCUGCUCACGGGCCCCGAGGGCAGCGGCAAAGCUGCGCUGCUGAGGGACACUGCAGCACGUUUGUCGCAGCAGCAAAGCCGGCGGCCCAUUGUGAGGCUGCUGGCGUUCGACGUGGGCCUGAUGGCUAACAGAUCCUUCAGAAGCUUUUUUGCUGUUGCAGCAGCAGCAGCAACGCGGCAGCUCGGGGCUGCAUGCAGUGGCGUGAACCCGUCGGGGCUGCUGCAGCACGUUGCCUGCUGCUGCUCGUCUUUUGCUGCGAGCGCCAGCGCUGCUCUCCGUGCUGCUGCUGCUGCUUCUGCUGCUGCUGCAGCAAGGAAGCAGCAGCAGCAGCAGCAGCAAACAGCAGCGGGGGCCCCUGGGGGCCCCUUAGAAUGGGUGGCGCUAAACCCUAGAGGGAGAGAAAGGGUUUCUAAGUUGCAGGUCCAAGUUGAGAGGGGCGAGGCUGUGUGGGGAGAGGUGGUUGAGGCUAUCGCCGGUCCCGACAACAUGGCUGCGCUGCAGCUGCUGAGUGAGGCUGCUUUGGUAAGAACUGGAGGGGAGCUGACAGCAGCAGCUGCAAAGGAGCGCCCGGGGACGCUGCUGCUGCGGUGCCCCGAAGCGCUGCUUGAGGGAGAGCCGCUGCGGCUUGGAGGUUCGGGUUUUUUUGAAGCUCUUAUUGAGGCUGCAACAGCAGAAAGACGCCGAGUGGGCACAGUCUUGGCUGUUGCAGACAGCGUAACUGCUGUUAGGGUUUGGGGUGUACAUACACCUCAAGGCGCAAACCCUAGCAGGGUUCAGGUGCUCGAACUCGAUGAGCUCAGCAAGGCAGAUGCCAGGGUUUUGUUUGAGCCGCUGCUCUGCGCUGACUCGACUGUCGCUGAGGCUUCCUACUUAGCGGUUGGGGGCCACCCGAGGCUGCUGCGGCUGAUCUUCGACGACCUCCAGAAGGCGACUGCAGAGCUGCUGCAGCAGCUCUCCCGCCCAAACCCUAAACCCUCGGAGGCCCCCGCAGCAGCAGCUCGAGACUUUGACGACGACAAACCCUUUUCGGGGGAUAAUAAACCCUUUUCUACAAACCCUAAACCCUUUUCGGGGGCCCCUCAGGGGGCCCCCCUAGACUUUUCAAUUCUAAAAAGAAAUGCUUUUUUCCAAGGAGAGCUGCUGCGUGCUGCUGCCACUCCAUUUAGGGCAAACCCCUUAGCUGGGGGCCCCCAGGGUACUCUGGGGGCCCCCCUGGGGGGCCCCCCGGGGGCCCCCCGGGGGGCCCCCCUGGGGGGCCCCCUGGGGGGCCCCCCGGGGGGCCCCCACGACCAAGGGGGGCCCCCCGCAGAUGUAGUUAAUAAGUUUUUGGAAGUGCAUCGCAUGCAGCAGCAGAGGCUGAGGGUUAUGUCGGAAACACUUCUAGUUGAGGAGUUUCGUCGGUUUGAGCUAAUGGUCAUUCAGUUUCUGAAUUUUCCGCUUUUAAGGAAACUGCGGGAAGUCAGCAAAAACGAAGUCCAUUUUCUCGUUGUUGUGUGCGAGACCAUUCGCGAAUUUCUAAGAAGGCCAUAUCUCUUGUGCGGGGACUUGGCGAAAAUAAACAACACCAUUGUUCUGGGUUUACUAGACGCCAACUUAAUUCGCGCUCGCUUUAACCCUCAGCGACUGGAGGCCUCUGGGGUCUUUACGAAGAAUCUGCUGCAGUCCUUUUGCAACCAGAAAUACGAUGCUCUUAGCACCAAGGAGAAAGCAGAGUAUUCCCUCAACUUCCUCCUCAACCAAAAGUCCAUUAAGGAAGCACUCGACUCCCUCUAA